AUGAGUGACGAGGAGUUAGCGUACCUAAUGGAAGAACAGGACCGACUCAUUGUUCAAGAGGAAGCGAAAAGAGAGAGGAUUACACGUUUAAUCGAGAACCAAAGACAAUUACUAGUACUGAGAGGUCAGAAUGAAGAAUUGACAAGAGAAUUGAUCAAGAUUAAGAAAGCAGAAAAGAGAUCAUAUGGGAGCAUAGAAGAUGAUAGUGAUACAAAUUCAGAGGCAAGCUCGAACAGAGGCACAACCUAUCAGAGAUCAAAUAGAUUGUCAACAAAUGCUUCAUCCUCCUCAUCAAUGCCUACGACAAACGUCGUAAACAACAAUCAAACAACAUCCUCGCCAUCAACAACAGUGCUAGGGAAUGAGCAGUUAUUUGAUCUCAGACAAGCACUGGAUUGCAUCAGAGAGGGAGCAGAUCCACAAGUGAUUGACCAAAUUAUCACUCAAAAGAAAAGAUUGUCCAAAGAACAACUUAUGAUGGUACAAGACCAAUCGAUUAGAUUCAUACCCGAUGAAAUCAAAGAUGUGGGUGCAUACCUCAGAUCGUUGAGAAUGACAAUGGAGAUGUAUGGAUGGCCAGUGACACACAUGUUAUUUCUUGCAAUGAAGAUUACCUCACCAGAGGUGAAUCAGGCAAUGAAACUAGGAGAAAGACAGUCUCUCUCGUGGGAGGAAUUCAGCCAAAUGGCCCAGACAUUGGCAACUCCCCACAACAUCUCAAAGAAAAGGGAAGAGUUUGUUGGCCUACAUCAAGCCAAGUCAGAGUCAGUGGCUCAAUUCUCAAGUCGGUUCCAAACUCUAGUUGGAUUUCAAGAUCAACUAUCGGAUAAAGGAAUAGUAUUGGAAUUUAUCGUCAAACUAGUGGACGAACUAAAGAGUCACCCCAAGAUUCAAGAGAUUUGGAAUGAUUUGGACAAGAAUAUAAAAAAGUACGAUUUAAAAGAAAUCAUCGGCCAUGCACAAGGGGUCGAAUCGAUGAUCGUACUGGUCAAAAAGAAGAAUGGUACUCCUAUCAACAUUGAAAAUGGUGACACCAUUCAAGUUCAUGCAAAUUUCGCAAGGACCUGGAGACCAUCUACCCACCCUCGGGUAAUGGCUCCGGGUACCGUGCUAGCAAAUAAUUUAAUUGAUGAUGGAAAAGAACUGCUAUACAUUGAUGUGGAAAUGUAUAACAGUCGUAUGAAAGCCGUCAUCGACACUGGAUCAACGAUAUCGUUAAUCGAUAGUAGAUUGGUGUCGAGAGACGCAGUCGCACGGACACCCACAAAAAUCGUCACGUUAGGCGAAAAGAAAGAGGACUUGGAAAUUUUGGAUUUACCAAGAGCAAAUCUGAAAGAAUCAGAUUAUAUGAAACUGGACAACAACGUUAGAAGAGAGAGAAAGGAAGUAGAUGAAAGUCGUCACCCAGAGGUGGAGCGACUAUUGGAAAAGUACAGCAUCAUUUUCAUAAAUGAUUAUGCAGAUUUUCCUCCAAAGAGAGAAGUGGAAUUUAAAAUUAACCUCAUUCCAGGAAAGGAGAUUGGAAAGAUUUACAUUCCACAACACUCUCAGAAAGAGAUAGAUACACUCAACCGAUUUGUAGAAAAGAUGGUAGAGAAAGGAUUGAUGGAGAAAUCGUUGGCAACACAUCCAAUGCCGUCGCUGGUAGUCGAUAAUGGAGAUAGAGUCGUUCAUGAUUACCGUACGUUGAAUGCGAUUACCGAGACCGACAACCACCCUAUCCAAUUCAUCCCAGUACUCCUGACAAAGAUGGCAGGUGCCAAGAUAUUUUCCAAGUUGGAUGCCAAGAAAGGAUUCUAUCAAAUUAGAAUUAGAGAGGAAGAUAAAGAGAAGACAGCGGUACAGACACCGAUGGGUGUGUAUCAUUACAGAGUGAUGCCAAUGGGCGUCAGGAAUGCACCGGCGACAUUUUGUCGCCUGAUGGACAAGAUCAUACAAGAGAUCUAUGAAGAGAACAAGGACGAAGAGAUUUUCGUCAUAUGUUAUAUUGACGAUAUUUUGGUAUUUUCAAAGAAUGAAGAGGACCACAAGAGACAUUUGGAAAUCGUUUUAAAGAAAAUGGAGGAACAUUUGGUUUAUUUAAAUGGGAGCAAAUGCGAUUUGUUCAAAGUUGAAGUGGCAUUUGUAGGCUACAAGAUAAAUGGAGAAGGCAUAACAACAAACGAAGAAAAGACGAAACCGAUCGUCGAUUUGCCAAUGCCAGAGAACGUAAAACAAUUACGCCGAUUUUUGGGAAUGAUAUCGUUUUAUCAAAGAUUCAUUCAAGGGUUCACAGAGCUUGUGGAACCAAUGCGAGAAGCAAUUGCCAUCAAGGAGAAGACCAAGGCGGGUGAACUGCAAGAUAAUGGAUGGAAACAAGCGGUACUAAAGUGUAAAGAAAUCCUGACCAGUAAACCAGUCAUGAAGAUAUUGGAUGGAAACAAAGACUUUGUGAUCCAUACCGAUGCCUCGAACUAUGGAGUGGGAUCAGUAGUUUCUCAAUUGGAUGAAGAUGGAGAGUACCACCCGGUCAUCUUUGAAAGUAGAAAGAUGACACCGGCAGAAAGGAACUACUCAACGACUGACCGAGAGUUGCUCGCGGCAAUUCAUGUAUUACAAAAGUACAGACAUCACUUUCUCGGGCGAAAGGUAACGAUUUACACAGAUCACAACAAUUUGACAUAUUGGGACAGCAAACAUCAACUAUCGGCAAGAGAAAGGAAUUGGUUAGAAAUACUGGGAGAAUUUGAUAUCAAGUUUGAAUAUAUCCCUGGAGAGACCAAUACAGUGGCAGAUGCACUGUCAAGAGAUAGAAGAUAUAAAAUAGUUUGGUCCGACGAAUGGAUCAAGGAAAUUGUAGAGUCAUACAAGGACUCAAGUGAAAUUGUGGAGAUUCAAAGAAACAAGAAUAACAAAAUCAUUGAAGAGGAAGGUCUAUUGUUCAUUGUUGAACCAGACCUGUCGAAGCGUCUAAUCUUGGUAGACAAGAAACACAUUGCAAAAAUACUGGAUGAAAGUCAUGCUGGUUAUAUUGGUGGUCAUUUGGGUAUCACCAAAUCGUAUAUGAAGAUACGAUCAAAUUAUUUCUGGAUUGGAUUACAUUCGUCGAUCGUCAAGUUCAUUGGUUCUUGUGAUAUUUGUCAACGUUCAAACAAAUGCAAAGCGAAGGGUUUUCUGACGUCUCUAGAGAUACCUCAAAGAAAUUGGAUGGACAUAUCGAUGGACUUUAUGUCCUUGCCGACGUCCAAGAAUGGAAUGGACAAUUUAUUGGUUGUUGUGGAUAGACUAAGCAAGAUGGUUCACUUAAUGGCUUGCACUAAAGAGAUUGAUGCAGUAGGUACUGCAAAGUUAUUAUUUAACAAUGUCUUUAGACUACACGGACUGCCAUCGUCAAUCGUGUCGGAUAGAGAUCCGAGAUUCACGAGUGACCUUUGGAGUGAAUUAAUGACAGCUAUUGGAACAAAAUUAAAGAUGUCAACACCGAAUAGACCUCAAGGUGACGGUCAGACGGAAAUCUACAACAAGACUAUUAGAAAGAUAAUGGAAAAGUUUCAAGAGACACACAAGGAGAAUUGGGAUGAGCAUCUGACAGCUGUAGAAUUUGCUCUCAAUUCAUUUAAACAAUCGUCAACCAAACUUUCACCAUUCGAAAUCAAUUAUGGAUUUGAACCAACAACACCUUCCAACAUAUUCAACAUUCAUGCGAUCAAAGAUAUGGACAUCAAACAGAUGAUAGAUUACUUCCAAAAGGUUGCGAGAGACAACAUUCUGUCAUCACAAGUCGAACAAGCAAGAAACUACAACAAGAAUAGAAAGGAGAGUACUUUGAAAGAAGGGGAUGAGAUCCUGUUGAAUCGUAACAAGAUCAGCGACGCAUUACUCAAACAAGUGGUAGACAGUAAAAAGUUGAUUCAGGACAAGAUUGGUCCAUUCAAAAUUGUAAAGAAGAUUGGAGAGAAUACAUUUGAAGUCGAUCUACCAUCGACGAGCCGCACACAUAGGGUAUUCAAUGCUGACUACAUGGAAUUGUACAUCAAGAAUGACAAUGACCAAUUCCCAGAUAGAACCAUUCAAUUAGAUAGACCACAAGCAGUAUUGGUUGAUGGAGAAGAGGAGUUUGUAGUAGAAAAGAUACUUGCCAAGAAACUGGUUGGUAGAAACAAAAAGGUUCAAUACUUUGUGUUGUGGAAAGGAUACCCAAUCGACGAAGGUUCAUGGGUAGAUCACGAACAAGUAGAAGAUUGUGAAGCACUUGAUAUCUUCGAGCAAGAACAAGCAGCUGUCACGAAACAAGACAAAACAAACAAGGAAAAGAAAUAA